CACAGUCGAUCGACAUUUGCUAUGAGCCGCAAACUCAACCGUAUCAAUGCUGUCCCUAACCCGAACUAUGAACGUGUGGGCAUGCAGUCGUACGCCUCUCUUUUGAAGAAAUAUGACUUCGCGCCCACAACCGAAGGUCCCUAUCAGAAAACCGACCAGCCCGAGAAGGGCAUCAAGAAGCUGUUACGCAAGAAAAGUGUCGAGCCGUCGAAACAUUUGGCGAGAGUCAAUGAGCGAGGCAAACCCGGAGCGAUCAAAGCAAAUGAGGAGCAAAACGAUUCAAUGUACCUUUGUCCAGUGCAGAUUGGCACGCCUCCGCAGACAUUGAAUUUGAAUUUCGAUACUGGGAGUUCGGAUCUUUGGGUCUGGUCUACCAAACUCGAUAGCAGGACUAAGAAAUUCGGGUCAUCUACGCACAAAAUCUUCGACCCCAAAGCAUCCCGCACCUUCAAAAAGGUCCCUAACAACACAUGGAAGAUCCAAUACGGGGACAGAUCCACCGCCAGCGGCAUCGUGGGCACGGACAACGUGACUCUCGGCGGGCUCUGUGUCGAAAACCAAACCAUCGAACUGGCCUCCAAGAUCUCUCCACAAUUCACCCAAAGCGCCGGCGACGGCCUCCUCGGCCUCGCCUUCGGCAAAAUCAACUCCGUCAAACCCAAAGCCGUAGCCACCCCCGUAGAAAACAUGAUCUCGCAAGAAGACAUCAAAAAGGAACAAGAACUGUUUACGUGUUACCUAGGCAGCUGGCGCGACCUUGAAGAAGUCGAUCAAGGAGAAUCCUUCUACACAUUUGGAUACAUUGACGAGGACGUCAUAAAACGAUGUGAAGCGCCCCCGUAUUACACUCCCAUUGACACAUCCAACGGGUACUGGCAGUUCAAGUCGGAAUCCGCGACUAUCAAUGGCAGAACCAUCACCAGACCCAGUAACACGGCUAUCGCAGACACAGGCACAACCCUCGCACUCGUCGACGAUGCCAUGUGUGAAGCAAUCUAUUCUUGUAUCCCGGGUGCUAAGUUCUCAUACUCCCAACAGGGGUGGAUAUUCCCGAUCGGGACUCCGGAGGCUCAAAUACCCGUUGUGACGUUUGCGGUGGGGGAGAAGCAGUUUGCCCUGCAAAAGGAGGACUUUGGUUUCUCCAAGGUCGGGGAGAAGAUGCAGUAUGGAGGGAUUCAGUCGAGAGGCGAUACGGCAUUCGAUAUUUUGGGGGCUACGUGGUUGAAGGCCGUUUAUGUGAUUUUUGAUCAGGGGAAUAAGAGACUUGGGGCUUGUCAGAGGAUUGAGGGUACGCAGAAUAUUGGGUCGCCGGAGUAGACGGAGAGAGGGGGUGCAGUUAGAAGGAGGACUUCGUUGUUGCAUGGGGUUUGGCCGUGAACGUGAUGCGGGCUGUUGUCAAAGAUGUAAUAGUAGAGGUGGAGCGGUUGAGGAUGGGCGGUUGAGUCGUGGCUCUUUCUAUUAGUAACGUUCUGUUAUCCCUUUCACCCAAUCUAAU